AUGAGAUACACCUGCAACAAGGCGCACGAGCAGAGCGUGUCAGCUUCGCGAGCUUCAGAUCGUUGUGGGACAAACUGGUGUUUUCUUGGCUUGUUUUUUUUAACUGACUCGCGGAGUUCAGAGAAAUCAGAGACCCUGGGUCCACUCCGGGCGAGCCGUGCAGCAGAGCAGAUGGACCAGGUAUCCAACCGGUCAGGAGUGGGCAGUGAUGAUAUUACAGAUGAGUCAACCUCCCUGAUGGAUGUCAGGUGGAGCUCUGAUGAAGAAGAGAGCUCCGACACUCAGGGGCAGUGCCUUGCGGCGCCUCAGACUCCUCUGCCGACCUACAAACAGAGGUUGGAUGAAUUUAAGAAGUUGUUCAAAGAAGUGCCGGAGUCAGAGAGACUCAUAGCGGACUACCCGUGUGCCCUCCAGCGGGACAUCCUCCUUCAGGGACGCCUCUUCCUCUCAGAGAACCAGCUCUGUUUCUACAGCAACGUGUUUCGGGGUACCAAGAUCACACUGACUCUUAAAGACAUCGUCACUAUGACCAGAGAGAAAACAGCUCGGCUCAUUCCCAAUGCCAUCCAGGUCUGCACGAGCGCAGAGAAGUUCUUCUUCACUUCCUUCUCAGCAAGAGAGAAAAGUUACCAGGGUGUUUUCCGCAUGUGGCAAAACACGCUGUUGGACAAGCCUCUGACCAGCUUGGAGUUGUGGCAGAUGGUUAAACAGAAUUAUGGGUAUGACUUGGGCCUGAGCCAUGAAGAGAUGGACAGCUUACAGAUAUCAGCAGAAUCAAGCAUGCAGAACAGCCUGACAGUGAAGCCUGGUGGCAAUGAUGGUCUAGGGAGGCUGGAGCGGACCCCCUCCCUUCGUGUCCCUGGGUUGGAGCAUGGGCCCUUAGAGGCCUCCACGCCUCAAGGGGAGGACUUGCCUUCCCCUCUUGGCUCACAAAACUCUUCAAACAUGGAUGACUCUCGCAACACCACGUCUCAGCGAUGCAGCCCUUUGCCGGACCGCCUCGCACCAGAACAGGUUUCCAAGCGCUCCUCGCUUACUCUCGACCUCAAUGCCAACGAGAAUGGUGCGUCUGAGCAGAGCGGUUCAGAGAGCUUCGAAGACAUGGAGGAGCGAGUGGGUUCGUCCGAGGUGCAGGGUCGAAUCUAUCUGAACAAGGUCUUCCACAUCAGCGCGAACAAAAUGUUUGAGCUGCUAUUCACCGACUCCAGCUUCCUCCGCAGGUUCAUGAACAUCCGGAAGAUAACCAACGCCAGCUUUGCUGCUUGGCAAAAAGACGCCUCAGGAAACAUGAAGAGAAGCUUAAAUUACACAAUUACCAUCAACAACCCUCUGAUUGGCAAGUUCUCCACCGCUACAGAGAACCAGACGCUGUACAAAGAAUCCAGGGAUGGCCAGUAUUACCUGGUGGACUCGGAGGUGUACACUCACGACGUUCCCUAUCACGAUUACUUCUACACUCUAAAUCGGUACUACAUCAUUCGGAACUCGAAGCGGAAGUGUCGACUGAGGAUCUGUACCGAUGUGAAGUACAGGAAGCAGCCGUGGGGCCUGGUCAAGUCCUUUAUCACCAAGAACUCCUGGAGUGGCAUAGAAGACUAUUUCAGACAGCUGGAGGCAGAACUGUUGGAGGAGGAAGCAGAGAUGAACCAAGGAGGUGGAGACUCUGGGAAGAUGAGUGGGCUUCGGAGGAGGAGGCGGACAUACAGCCGGACUCUGCCAGAGCACAUGAAGCCCAGCAAGCAGUACGGGCAAGACACCGAGCAGCACAGAGAUGGCAACAUGGGCCCAAUAGACAUGAAAGGCUCACACAGAUGGAACACUGCGACGAUAGUGGCUGGGAUGAGCGUGAUUUUGCUGAUUCUGACGCUGAUGAAUCUGGGUCUGUUCUUUAAGUUGUGGGCCAUGGAGGACGUAGCCCACCGCAUGUACCUGAGCACAACGCAUCGGCUGAGGGAGAGGAGUGAGGCCAGCUUCACCCCUGAAUAUGGACCCAGGCAGGUACCAGUGUAUAAGACCAGAGAAGAUAUACAGCUGCUAAAAACUGUGCUGCAGGACUCAAUCAACCUUUUAGAACAGCUCCGCAGCUCUCUGGUGGUGCUGCAGCAGAACUUUGCUUCGGCCAAUCACACAGCGGCACCACAGUGACACGCCGCACCUGCUGACUACAGAGUUGCCUGUGCCCCUGGCCCUGUGGAGGAAACUGCCGCAGUCGACUACCUCUGAGGAAAUCUCUGGUAUCCAGUGACGCUGCCAUGUAGACGUCCACAGACCCCCGACAUGAUGUGUUUGCCCCGGGUUACUCAUCCCAAAGCCUGUGGUGGAGCAUCAGAUGCCAGGAUAUUUUUAAAGCUGUGCUCUGACUGCUGCGAGGACAAAGUUAAACCUGAGUCAGCCACACACGGAGCAGGGGAUUUAGAUUUCUGUAGGGUGCUAUUGUCAGCUCCUUCGGCUGGCUUCUUUUUCACUCUUUUCUUUAGAUGCAUUGGAUUUCAGAACACUCUUCCCUAACGUACUUUCCGAUAUUCAGAUGAGCCUCGUGCCACACCAGAUGAGCUAUUGUAAAUACUUUUAUUUUUGUUUUAUUCAAGGAAAGUGAAUCACUGUUAUUUAAAACAACUAUUUUCUUUAUUUACAUGUUUGCACACAUAAUUUUUGCACAAGUGCCUUGUAUAUUAGGCAGUGUUUUAGAUAUCCUUUUGGAUUUUUAUUCAUUCCAAUAAAAACUGUAGAAACUCUAACUCAAAUUUGAAAGUUUGUCCUCUCUUUUAUAAUCAUAAUCAUUAUCUCUUUUUUUUUUUGCAUAUAUUAGCUGCAGGAAUGACUAAGACAUUAAAUGUACAUUAAAUUGAAAAUAGAAAAAUAACCUCAUACUUAUACUAGUUUGCCUUUUUUCUUUUUCUUAAACCACAUAUUUGAUUCAUUAUCUUCUAGCUCCAUAGUGGAUUGACUAAUGGAGUUUUCUGUAAAUUAAGCAGUCCAAAAAAUGGUGGCAUUCUUGAUUUAUCCUUACCACCUGUACAUGCUUAAUCUUUUUCCUCCUCCUUUUCUGCACUGAGCCAAGUUUAAAAAGUGUGAUUUGGUUUAUUUUUUUCUUAUUCACUCUGAUGUACUUUUAAUAAAGGUGUAGGGUCAGUGAGACUAUCUUAGGUUACCUCAGUGCAGUGCACUCACACUGUCAACACUAGAUGCAAGUUUCUUCUGUGAUUUUCAAAUUGACAUGUGCACUUAUGUCAUUUUUUUGAUCAGUUGUUAGUGGUAUGCCACUGCCAUUGCCUUGAGCCUUGUUUGAUGUUUACAGUUUUCACAGCAUCCUUUUUUAUAAUUUGUUCAGCUGUUCUUACUUGAAACCACUUCUGCGAAUUUUAUGGUCAAGUUCUUAAAAUUGGUUCCUGUUUGGUAUGUUUUUAGCCAUAUUGCAAUGCACUGUUUUAACAAACAAGAUGUCUUGCCAGAAUCCCGACUUGUUAUUUUCAUUACUGAUUAGUCUGCCAAGUGUUUUCUUGAUUAAUCAUUGUGAGAAAAUGUAAGAUAUUUCAUGUCAAUAAAGAGUCUAUAAAAUUAUGAAAAAUAUCCAUCAAAAUUUACC